AUGUUUCGCCAGGAUGCAACAACAUUCCGCUUCCUUCAUCAACCCUUGUUCAAAAGAAAGACCCUACCACUACCGGCUAACAAACCAAGAUUUGUUCCAUCUGCGACCUCCCGGACACCAAACCAAAUCCAACCAGAAAUAAAGGUGAAACAUCAAAAUAAGAAAGAAAGAAUGGUCAGCAACGCCGUCGUCGUACCCGUAGCGGUCCUGGCCGCCCUGUCAGUCGCCAUGUUCGUCUUCAUCUGCUGGUGGUUCCCGCGGCACUACAAGAAGGGCGUGGAGCAGGACAUGAACAUCAUGGACAACGAGCGGGCCGAGCGAGACGAAAUCCACGUCGACAUGGGCCACCAGGCACAGCUCAUCGGCGAAGACGGCGCCCCGCGCAAGAAGACCCUCGAAGAACACAUCGCCAUCGCGAGGGAACAGAUCCGGAGGGGUGGCCAUAACCCGUCGACGACGCCGUAUUGA